UGAUGUCUGAUCAGUUCAGUUUAAUGUCUACAGUCCUCUGAUCUGUUUUUCAGGAACAAAUAAUACAGUUGACAAACCGCCGGUUGUUCAUCUGACAAGUAGGACGACUUGAGACACUUUGGAGGAAGUGAGAUUGUAACCACGGUACAAUCACAGUCAGUGUCUUUCUCACCACUGCUGUAGUUUGAUCGAACAUCUGAACAAGAACAAGUUAAAUCAACUCAUUAAAGUAAGGAUGGCAGUUUGGGACAAAAAGAUUACCUGGUGCUUUAUGCUCCUGCUGGCUGGUGCUGUGGGUCAAAGUGUGAACUAUCCAGAUCCUGUUUGUGCUGUGAAAGGAUCGACUGUCACCCUCCCCUGCACCUUCACACCACUUAAAUCUGUCAUGGACAAUGGAAGAGAGGUUUUAAUAGAGAUCAUCAGAGUCAUCUGGUGCCGGAACCAUGACAUCUGUCAGGGCGGAACUCCGUCUGUGUACGACAGCGAGUUAACCAACAACAACCCUCGUUACAGAUACCUGGGAGACAUGAAGGGAAACUGCACUUUACAGAUCACAGAUGUACAGAAGGAAGAUAAAGGAACUCUUCGCUUCAGAAUGGAAGCUAACAACAGGUUAGCAAGUUUUACUGGCCGACAACCAGGAGUGAAAGUCACCGUCACUGAUCAGACUCCAAUGAAGAUAGAGAGCUCCAGUGACAGAGAGUCUAAAAAAGGUGACUCAGUCACUCUGAACUGUAGACCUACUAGAAAGUGUACUUUCCACCAACUGAAGUUCACCUGGUUCAGAGAUGGCCACGCCCUCUCUGAGUCUGGCCUCGUCCUCCAGUUCACCGCUCUGGCUGCAAAGGAUUCUGGGAACUACACCUGUGGAUUGAAGAACGCCAGCACACUGUCCCCACCGUACAGCCUGUACGUGGAGGCUGAAGAGGAAGGUUUGUUUAUCACUUUUCUCUGUAGAUUCUUCUUGUAGGUUUGACUUUUUAAUCAAAGAAGCAGAUAUUUUCUAACACAGCUGUUCACGUUUUGUUCUGAUGAUUCAACCAGGAGAGUUUCAUCACCAACACAUUCCCUGUGUUUGUUUUGACUCGGUCCAAAUUGUAAUUAAAAGAGUAAAUUAUGAAAAACAAUAAAAGUAAAGCUAAUAUUGAUUCUCGUAUUUGAUAACAGCAAUCUCACCUCAAGGUAAAUUAAUUAGCUGCUCUGGUGCUUUCAAUCACUUGAUCUUCAGUCUUCAUCACUAAAGUGCUCAGAAGAAAAGGACAUUUGAACUUGUACAACUUCAUGACUACUGGGCAAACAACAUCUGCUGAUGAAGAGCAUGAGAAAUGAUUGAAUCUAAAUUAUAACAUCAGAUUUCAGAGGACUGUGGUUCUUUCUGAUGU